GUUGUCAAAUGAGUUGAUUUUAUAACAUUAAAUAUACAUAGAAACCAAAUUUGAUAUAAAGCAAUGUUCAAACAGAGUUUCACAAAUCUGAGCAAGUUGCCAAAGCAACGGGUUCGUCAAUGGCUGAGCACAUUCGAGACCAUCAUCUGCGAUGCUGACGGCGUGCUGUGGCACUUUAAUAAGGCCAUUGAAGGAGCCCCCGAGACUUUUAAUCUGCUGAAAGCGAGCGGACGGCGCAUGUUUGUUGUGACCAACAAUUCGGGCGUUGAGAGUUCGGCGCUGAUAAAGAAAGCCAGAAGUUUUGGUAUAGAGUUAGAUGACAAUCAUAUGUUGACAUCAGCCAUGGCUAUAGCUCACUAUUUGGGCAGCAAAAAGUUUUCAAAAAAGGCGUAUAUAAUCGGCGAGCCGGGAAUUAAUCAUGAACUAUCCAAAUUCGAUAUUUGCUCAUUUGCGGUUCAAAAUGAACAGAGUGACAAGAGUAUGCUGCAGUUUGCCAAGGAAAUGAAACUGGAUCCGGAGGUGGGAGCAGUUAUUGUAGCCAAGGAUGACACCUUCAAUGUGCAGACCAUAAUGCGAGCUUGCGCCUAUUUGCUCAACAAUCGAGUGCUCUUUUUAGGCACCUGUUUGGAUGGUGCCUAUCCCAUUGGCAACAAUCGGGUGCUCGUUGGUGCUGGCGCCAUGAUUGCGGCAAUUAAAACGAUAAGUGGACGCAAGCCUCUCAUACUGGGAAAACCGAAUCCGAUGAUGGUGAAUGAGCUGCGCAAUUGUGGUCACAUUAAUCCAGAAACAACGCUCAUGAUUGGCGAUACCCUAAAGACGGACAUAUUGUUUGCCCAUAACAGCGGAUUUCAGUCCUUGUUUGUGGGCACAGGUGUCAGCACUGUCAAGGAUGUGGAGGCGGCACGUUGCAGUGGCACGCAACAAGGCAUGGCCAUGGUGCCGGACACUUACUUGCCAGCGUUGGUUCAACUACAGGAAUUUGUUUAAGCCGAUCUAACCGCUUUUCCAAUUGUUAUUGCCGCAUACAGUUUCUAAAUUAGCAUUGCGUAAAAUCAAUACAGAAUUUUAUCAAUAAUACACAAUCCCAUAUU